ACACCGUAAAGCGAAUCCUUGAAAGACUGGCGCAGUGUGAGGUGUCACGAAAAUGGCAUCGUUUACCUGCAGGCCAGCCGGGAGCUGAUGGUGAUGAAGUAAUCGUCUUAGCCGGCUUCCUUCUUCGGACAGAGUUGUAAAAAUAAAUAGGAGGGGGGAGGGGGGACACCCUCUACCCUUGGCUCAGGCCAACACCUAACGGUACCCUCGAUCCACAAGGGCAAAGUAACCCGAGGACGAUACAUACCCUUCAACAAGACUCUCAUCGACACGAUGGCAACCGCUAAUCAGAAACGUUGGUCCGACUGGAAUACCUACUGGGCAUGUGAGGUAAGCAUAUCAUCAGCACGGGCGUCGGUGAUGGUGUACGACGACGUGAACAAGAAAUGGGUGCCGAGCGGAAGUUCGUCCGGCUUAUCGAAGGUGCAGCUGUACCACCACCAGGUGAACAACACCUUCAGAGUGGUUGGUCGGAAGCUCCAGGACCAUGAGAUAGUGAUAAACUGCGCUAUCCUUAAAGGACUCAAGUACAAUCAGGCUACGGUUACGUUUCACCAAUGGCGCGACAACAAACAAGUUUACGGGCUGAACUUCUCGAGCAAGGAUGACGCCGACGCUUUCGCCAAGGCCAUGCUGCAGGCUCUCGACGUCCUCAGCAACGGUAGCAAUAUCUCGAGGAGUCUUGGUCCAGCAGUCGCUUCUACAGCACCGGCGAAUUACCAGCAACAGCAACAGUCCCAACAACAACAACAACAACAACAACAGCAGCAACAGCCUCUUGGUACUACCCAGCAGUACGAAGAGGACAUGGGAUACAGUCAGAGUCAAAGUCAAAGCCAAAGCCAAAGCCAGGCCCAAAACGGAGCUGCUCCAUUGCAGGGGGGCCUAGGGAUGGUAGGAAGCAUAGGGAGCGUAGGGAGCGUGUCGAGAGUUUCCUUGUCCCUGGGGCACCUCGGUGGAACCCCGGCCCCCCCAUCGGCACCUGUCGCUCCAAUAGCGAGCGGCAUCACGACCGUCAUUCAGGUCGGGGGUGGAGUUGCGAGUCGUGGAUCACCGGCUGAUCGCGAGAACGUCAUGAGAACCAUGACCAGAGAAGAUGUGGCGAUAAUUCAAGAGCGACGGAUGUCUCAGCAGAACCAAGUCAUGAACAGCCCAAGUGCUGUGGUUCCACCGGGGUGUCCGCCAGCGGCGCAACAGCAGUCUGGCCAUCAUCGGACCUCGUCAGCACCCCCGGCGCCUCAACCGCCGGUAAUGCCGGGCCCUAUAAACCCGGCACAGUCACAAAUGGGGGGCGGUGGUCCACCGGUACCGCCGCCACAACCACCGGCAGCACCCCCACCACCCUGCCCGCCGUGUCCCCCAUGUCCGCCGUGUCCACCAGCGACGAUAAGCUACCAACAGCAACAGCCUCCGAGUGUCAACACCGCACCCGUACCACCCCCGAUGAUGAUGAACCAGUACGCAUCAUCCUCCCAAAAUCCCAACCAGUCACAAUCCCAGCCAAUAUAUGGUACCAAUCAGGGGAAUCAGUACGGUGUUGUUGGUCAAAACAGUAUUUACGGUGUCAGUGGUGGUGCGAGUCAGAGUAACGGUGGCAACCAAUACUGCGCCGGUAGUCAGAACAGUCUGUACGGUUCCACGACGGUUCAGAGUGGUAGCGGUGGUCACUUCGGCAGUAAUCAGAGCAUUCAGAAUAGCCAACAGCAGCAACAGUAUGGUAGUAAUAAUUCCAUAAACCAGUAUGCGACCAGUGGUCAUAAUCAACAGUCACAGUACGCGGUUAUUGGAAAUGGUUCCCAUAGUCAGUCGCAGUCGCAGUACGCGGUUGUUGGAAAUGGUAGUCAGCAGUAUGGGUCGACCACCGCUGCCCAGUCGAGUAAUAAUAAUUCGUCAAACCCGUACGGUACCCCUUCAAAUUUGGUCAAUCAGUACGGCUCUCAUUCCAUUUUGAAUUCUAACACUUAUGCUCCUCCGGUUGGCAGCAACGGCCCACCGCCACCCCCUAUGGGCCCACCCGGUGGCCCUGCUGCCCCACCCCCACCUCCACCUCCGCCCGCACCCAACGCUAACUCAAACAGUUCAGAUGCCCCGCCUGAUACCAAUUCGUUAGCUGCUGCCCUCCAGGCUGCGCGUCUCAAAAAGAAACAGCAAUCCCAGCCAAUCGAGAACAGCGGCUCGAGCACGAGCAGUAGUGGCAGCGCCACUGGAGGGAGCGGCAACUAUGGGACACUUGGACGUGGCGGGGGCGGAGGAAUAGCUUCUAUGAUGGAUGAGAUGGCUAAAACACUUGCACGCAGGCGCGCAGCUGUUGAAAAGAAACAGCCAGAACAGCCUCCGGAGCCAGACAAUUCGCCGGGUAAGGGUUCCUGGGAUAAGAACAAUUCUUCGAAUAACAAAUUUGCAAAUGGCGCCGAAUCCCCAAAGUCAGCUCGCAAGAGGUUCGGCUCCGCCUCGGAAGACACAUUGCUCAAGGUGAACGGAGUCAACGAAGGUGCGCCGUUGUCUGCCCAGGAAAUGGAGGCAUUUAAGGCUGAAAUAAUCAAGGACGUUCGUAGAGAGUUUCAAAAGAUGAAACAGGAGAUAAUCGAAGCACUCAGGUCGGAAUUGAGCAGAAGGUAAAGUCAGCCUGAUUUAUCGUAAGGUUCGUUUUCUACGGUAUAUUUAUAAAUGGAUUCUACUGAAGUAAAAAAAAAAAAAAAAACAACAAAAAAAAACUAAAGCAGAAAAAAAAACCACAUAAGAAAUGAAAAACAAAUAAGUUAAAAGUAAGAAAUUCAUCAUCGACAAGCGCGGAAGACGCAGAUUUUUAUCACACUCUUAUGGGGGGGG